AUGGCUAAAAUCACCGAUUUGGACAAACCGUCGGAGAAAAAAAAGAAAUCUUCGUCCAAAAAAAAAUCCCUCAAAGAGCACAUCGAGGAUGAGGACGAGGAGAAUAAAAUCGACACGACGCACCUCUACGCGGAUAAUUUAAACGGUGAUGUGUAUACGGAGACGAACGCGAAUCCGAAAGCGAAAGUGCACUCCACGGAGUGGAUGAAAAUCUUACACGGCGACCCGGUUGAGAUUAAUCCGUCGUUAGGUCAGGGGAUGAAAAUCAUGACCGUCGCCGAGUGGACUUCGAGGUGGAAACAAAACGACCGGUUUCCGGACUGCCUCGCUUGCGGAAGCACAAACACGAAAGAACACCACUUCACGCAAACGUGGUGCAGAGGUAAAAAAAAGUUUGAAUCGGAAACGAUUUGUAUGGAUUGUCACAUGUGGAGUUGGAGAUCUUACGUGGAUCCAGAUUUCUUGACGCCGGAAGAGUUCGAUAAGAUUCGCUGGGAAAAGAUGGUGAAAGAAAACGAGGAAGCCAGAAAGUUGGCGAGAGCGAAGAAGAAUUGA